CAGAGCCCUGUCCGCGGGCGGCCGGGGCCGCUCUCCCGCUCGGCCGUCGCGCCUCCAUGUCGGACAACCAGAGCUGGAACUCGUCGGGCUCGGAGGAGGACCCGGAGACCGAGUCCGGGCCGCCGGUGGAGCGCUGCGGGGUCCUGAGCAAGUGGACAAACUACAUCCAUGGGUGGCAGGAUCGUUGGGUGGUCUUGAAAAACAAUGCUCUGAGUUACUACAAAUCUGAAGAUGAGACAGAGUAUGGCUGCAGGGGCUCCAUCUGUCUCAGCAAGGCUGUCAUUUCGCCUCAUGAGUUUGAUGAGUGUCGUUUUGAUAUAAGUGUAAAUGACAGUGUUUGGUAUCUCCGUGCGCAGGACCCCGAUCACCGACAGCAGUGGAUAGAUGCCAUUGAGCAGCACAAGACUGAAUCUGGAUAUGGAUCUGAAUCCAGCUUGCGUAGACAUGGCUCAAUGGUGUCAUUGGUGUCUGGAGCUAGUGGCUAUUCUGCAACUUCCACCUCUUCAUUCAAGAAAGGCCACAGUUUACGUGAGAAGUUGGCUGAGAUGGAAACCUUCAGAGACAUCCUGUGCAGACAGGUUGAUACCCUGCAAAAGUACUUUGAUGCCUGUGCAGAUGCUGUCUCCAGAGAUGAAUUCCAAAGGGAUAAAGUGGUAGAAGAUGAUGAAGAUGAUUUUCCUACUACACGUUCUGAUGGAGAUUUCUUGCAUAAUACCAAUGGCAAUAAAGAAAAGUUGUUUCCACAUGUAACACCAAAAGGAAUUAAUGGUAUAGACUUUAAAGGGGAAGCGAUAACUUUUAAAGCAACUACUGCUGGAAUUCUUGCUACACUUUCUCAUUGUAUUGAACUAAUGGUAAAACGUGAGGAGAGCUGGCAGAAGAGGCACGAUAAGGAAGCUGAAAAGAGAAGAAGAGUAGAGGAAGCAUACAAAAAUGCAAUGACAGAACUCAAGAAAAAAUCCCACUUUGGAGGACCAGAUUAUGAAGAAGGCCCAAACAGUCUGAUCAAUGAAGAGGAGUUCUUUGAUGCUGUUGAAGCUGCUCUUGACAGACAAGACAAAAUAGAAGAACAGUCACAGAGUGAAAAGGUCAGGUUGCACUGGCCUGCAUCCUUGCCGUCUGGAGAUGCCUUUUCUUCUGCAGGGACUCACAGAUUUGUACAAAAGCCCUAUAGUCGCUCUUCCUCCAUGUCUUCCAUUGAUCUAGUCAGUGCCUCUGACGAUGCUCACAGAUUCAGCUCCCAGGUUGAAGAAAUGGUGCAGAACCACAUGACUUACUCAUUGCAGGAUGUGGGUGGCGAUGCCAAUUGGCAGCUGGUUGUAGAAGAAGGAGAGAUGAAGGUGUACAGAAGAGAAGUAGAAGAAAAUGGAAUCGUUCUGGAUCCUUUGAAAGCUACCCAUGCGGUUAGAGGUGUCACAGGACAUGAGGUCUGCAAUUACUUCUGGAAUGUUGAUGUUCGCAAUGACUGGGAAACAACUAUAGAAAACUUCCAUGUGGUGGAAACACUAGCUGAUAAUGCAAUCAUCAUUUAUCAGACGCACAAGAGAGUGUGGCCUGCGUCUCAGCGAGAUGUGUUAUAUCUUUCUGCCAUCCGAAAGAUACCAGCCUUGUCUGAAAAUGACCCUGAGACGUGGAUAGUCUGUAACUUUUCUGUGGAUCACGACAGUGCUCCUCUAAACAAUCGAUGUGUCCGUGCCAAAAUAAAUGUUGCUAUGAUUUGUCAAACCUUAGUAAGCCCACCAGAAGGAAACCAGGAGAUCAGCAGGGACAACAUUCUAUGCAAGAUUACCUACGUAGCUAAUGUGAACCCGGGAGGCUGGGCGCCAGCCUCAGUGCUAAGGGCAGUGGCGAAACGAGAGUACCCUAAGUUCCUAAAACGUUUUACUUCCUACGUACAAGAAAAAACUGCGGGAAAACCCAUUCUGUUCUAGUAUUAACAGGUAUUGAAAGUGACUGAAGACAGGCUGUGUGACAUUCCAAGUUGGAGAAAAAAGAACACAGUGCUCUCAGCUGGAACGUAGGAUCUACAGCCUGUCUGGCCCACGGCCUUGGCCUUCACACAGCAGUGAGGAAAUAGCCCAGUGCGAAGCUGAGCAUUGCACACUAGCCGUCUCUCGCGAGAUCUCCUUGCCAGCGGGUAGCUGUAGAUACAUGUCAAGUUUCAUGUAUAUGGCUAUAUUUUUAUUUGCUUGCUCUUAGAAGAGAAAAAAAAUCAAAUUACAACUAGGAAUUAAUGCUUUAAUUUUUGGAAACUUUUUCAGAAUUUUUUAUUUACUAUGAUCCGGCCUAAGAUCCUUAGCUGUAUCCAGUUUUUGUGCACAAAAUAAAAGCACAAAAGGGGAGCGCACAUGAGGCGUGUGCUUUCUGUGCGCCAACCGUCUGGAUGGGGCUCUUCCAGGCCUGAGUCAAAUUUGUGUCCAGAGUUUUUUGGCUUUUUUGCUUUGUAUAAUCAUAGAAUUCAUUGCUGCUGAUUUCCAAAUGAUUCAUGUUGUCAUGUGUCUCUUAAUAACUGAAGACUGUCCGUGACCUGUGAGUUCACCUUUUCUAGAGUCCUACUCCCAUGAAGAACAUCGAUUCUGAUGGAGUAGGACCGCAAAGCCGACUUUUCCCCCAGAUUUAUGUUUCUAUUGUAUUUUUUAGUUGUGUACUGUGUGCUACAGAUUUUUCUUCUGUUUGUCACAAACACAAUUUGGUGAUUCUUCAAAUUUAGGUUCUUCUGCCUCCAAACAGAAACUGUACAAAACCUGUGGGUGUGGGCUGCUUUCUGGUGGAUGGUCAGGUUGAAAUGAGCUUGUUUUCCUGAAAUUUGUGAGAGAAUAUACAGUAUUGCUGGAUAAGCAAAUCAGACUGAGCUUGACGUUUGGUGCCCUGUUUCCGGGUUUCAGUAGCAGGUGCGCUUGUUAGCUCUCCUGGCUGGAGCAGCUGCAAGGCUGCGCUGCAGGGCGUGGCAGAGUGCGGGCGGCCAGCGCGCGGUUUGCUGCCGAUGGAGACAGCAGAGCAGCGAGAGCUCCCCCAGUUCCAGGUGACACGCUGUCCUCGUUGCUGUAAGAAGCUGAGAAGUCAAAUACCCCGCGCUGUGAAAACCUUGACACGGAGCUGAAGCAAGCAGUGGUCGUCGUCGAAGCCGGAGUGGCCGCUCCUGUCAGGGUCUGGGCUUGUUACUCACCGGCUGCUCCUGCACCAGAGGCCCUUCACAGACGCCUCGCUGGCUUGUCCUCCGUGGCAUAGACCACGUCCUGUAUAUAUCCCGUGUGUGGUGAUGGAGUCUCAAUGAUCAGUGCAAGAUGAUAAUUUAAUGAUGGGAUUAGUCUGAUCACUUGGUGUGCACAGUCCUGGAAGUGAAUGACUUGCGUCAGAUGUAAUGAUAUUUAUUAUUCUGUACAGAGAGAAAAACAGACAAAACAAAUGCUUACAUUACCUGCACGCAGAUCUCACACUCAAAUCUUUUCUGUUUUUUACUUUACAUGAGGUGCAUGGAGUAUGCCUUAUACAGAGAAUCGUCACUCAUGACUACACAGAGAAGUGCCUCUGCGGUGGGAGUGCCAGUUGGGCAGACAAGACAAGCGAUCUAUCAGUUACUACAUCCCCAGGCAGCAUUUUAUAUUGUGAUGUUUUAAAGAAAAUUUAUACCUCAAAUGUGUAUUUUAUUUUACAAUCAGCUGUGGGUGGGAUGGGAGGAUGGGGUGGGGUGGGGGGAGUUUGCAGAGCCGCUGUCGGGAAUCCCAGAAGCACUUUGCUCACUGUGAAUGUCUCCAUGCCGUUUCUGGUAGCUCGUGUGCACACACAGGAACUCUUGCCUGAAUCAGUUUUCUAGAAGUGUUUUCUAGAAGUGUGGAAAUUUACAAAACUGUGUCCAGAACCCAGUAUCGUUAGUUGCCUUUGCGUUAAAUAUGAUACACUUUACAAUUUAUUCUGUAAAUGAAAUGAUUAUACUAAAAAUAUUUGCAUUAAAAAAGGAAAGGAAAGGAAAGACGCAUCCUACCCGGAGAGAACCGUACCGGUUCUCACGGUGUUAAUCCCACCCGGUCAGAUAUGGAAGUGAUUCAGGGACACGGAAAGAGUCCACAGAGGUCAGGGCUGGGAGGGCCUGGCCCUGCAGACGGCACUCAGAGCCUGGCGGCUCAUUGCUGCGUAGAGUAUUCACGAUGCUUUCUCAUCCCCAGGAAAAAAGAAAAAAUAUCGUCCUUUUAUUCUCUUUUCUACUCUUUUGUGCUGUUGGAAAUUUGAAACUCAUUGAUCAUGUAGAGGUUUUGUCCCUGUGUGCCUGCUGGACAGGGCAGGAGAGCACAGCGAUCACUCGGAAUUCAGGACCCUUGACUCGGGCACGAGGUCUGGGAGGGAGGUGUGAGAAGCCCGGAGCGGGAGGGGCUGGGCUUCCCACCUGUACCGUCAGCCGAACAGCGUGGUUGGGCUCCGCUGGCCCUGUGGGUCCCGUGGGCUUCUCAGUUGCUUGUCCAGUCUAGCGUCUUCACCGCCAUCAGCCAGGAUGUACAGACUGUAUUGGGGUCAUCGUUGUUCCUCUGCAGACUCGAAACCUAAUCGCUAAAGUACCUUGGGAGUGUGGAGUGUAACUUCUAAAUAGCUUUACCAUUCUGAUGAUUUUUAAAAAUAAUACAGUGGGAUCUUCCAUGUUACAAUCACAAAAUUAAAACCAGUAUUUAAAAGUGGAAAAAUAUUAAAGUAUUAUGGAAACAUG